AUGUCGUCCUCGGGCAGUUUGCCGCGCAUGCACUCUGCCCGAGGCCUGCCUGCGAGGGCCGACAAGAAGGGUGUGAUGCUGCUCAACCGCAUCGGUCCUGCGUCCUCGGGCCUGUUUGUGGCCAAUGCCGACGGCACCAACGAGGUGGCCCUCUUGGACAGCACCUCGGGUCUCGACUACCACCCUUCCUUCUCGGCCGAUGGUGAAUGGAUCACCUUCACCAGCGAGCGUAAUGGCGACGGCAACUCCGACUUGUACCGUGUGCGUGCCAACGGCACCGACCUCGAGGAGAUCAUCGCCACCUCGGCCAUGGAGGACAACGCCGUCCUUUCCCCUGACGGCACCCAGGUCGCUUAUGUCUCGACUGCCAAUGGCUACCUUGCCAACAUCUGGGUCAUGGACCUUGCCACCAAGGAGGCUCGCAACCUCACCAGCACCGCUCUGACCCAGACCACCAUCAGUCGUGACGACAGUCCCUCUGGUCACUUCCGACCCAGCUGGUCUCCUGACGGCCAAUGGCUCGCCUUCUCCUCUGACCGCGAAACGGCAUGGACUGGCCACGGAAACGGCACCGGUUGGGAGCACACCCAGGAGCUGUCCAUCUACGUCAUUCGUCCCGACGGUACCGACAUGCGCAAGCUCGCCGCGAAGGACGAGUACUGUCUGGGUUCGCCCAAGUGGUCCCCUGACGGCAAGCGCGUCAUCUUCUACGAGCUGACGCGCGAGAACACCUGGGACUCCCACCGUCCUGAGGGCGUCGACAGCAUUGUGUCGUCCAUCGUCAGUGUUGACUUCGAGACUGGUCUGGAUCGCCAGGUCCACGUCACCGGGGGCUCCCUCAAGGUAGGCCCUCAGUAUGUGACCAACGACACCGUCGGAUACCUGGUCAAGGGCAACGCCAAUCCUGGACUGAACUACACUUCGGGCGACUCGUUCCUGCGCAACCCCUCGUGGUCGCCCGAUGGGUCCAAGGUUGUCUACGAAAGGCAACUAUGGACCCCUAUUCGCGCCAUGGAGAAGCCGCUGUACAGCUGGGACUCGGACUGGGAGUACCGCUUCACCGACGUCUUCCCCGUCCUGUCCACCGUCACCAAGCGCUUCGCUAUGACCCAGAAGCAGCUCGGCAAUAGCGGCAUUGUUGUCAUGAACCCUGAUGGUUCCGACCAGCAGGUCGUCUUCGACCCUACCGUCGCACUCGACCCCGCCCAGCUCAGCGUAGGUCUUGCCGGUGCCUUCGCCCCUGACUGGUCACCUGACGGCAAGUCUGUCGCCUUUGGUGUCGGCUCGUGGUUCCAGAGCCGCGCCACUACCACCGCCCGUCUCGCCCGCGCUUCCGCUACUGCCAACGGCUCGUUUGAGUACCUCACCGACGGCAGCUACAACGCUGGUUUCCCCUCAUACUCCGAUGACGGUACUAAGAUUGUCUUCCGCGCUUGGGGCAACACGUCGUUUGACUGGUUGGGCAUCCGCAUGCUUGACCUGACCAAGAACAACUCCAUUUCCAUCCUCACCGAAGACUGGGACAACCUCCCCCACUUCCAGCCCGGCAGCAACUCGAGUCGCAUCCUCUUCACCCGCCGCACCUCGUGCUGCACCGAGACGGCCAGCAACUACGACGUCUGCACGAUGGCCGCCGACGGCACCGAUGUCCAGGUCCUGACCACCAGCGGCUCCAACGAGGCUCAUGCCGUCUGGAACUAUGACGGCUCUCGCAUUCUCUACUCGAGUGGCGAGUUCGGCUUCCGCGACGAGUGCGCCCUCUACGAUGACACCUUCCAGCCUUACGGCCAGAUUAUGAGCAUGAACCCCGACGGGUCCGACAAGAAGAUGUUGGUCGACUCCCAAUGGGAGGACUCCAUGCCCAUUUACAUCCCUAAUGAGUACCUCUUAUAA